AUCGAAAGACUUACUUGACACUAGACAGACGACUUGAAAUCCAUAUACUCGCUGGGUAAAAUCAUGGCACAAGUUCUUCGCAUUUGCAUGCUGAACGCCGACGCACCGGUGCCGGUGGUGGCUGGCAAACGUGCCCCCACCUACGGACGUGUCUUCCACGAUCUCCUCUCUUCCGCCGCCAACAAUACCGAAUCAUCGCGACAUCCAUCGGAAAAUAUCGUCCGCAUUAUGUCUACCGAUUUCAAUGUCGUGGUAAACGAAUACCCAGCUUCGAUAACAGAAUUCGAUGCCAUCAUCAUUUCUGGCUCAGCGAACUCUGCAUAUGAUGAUUUGCCCUGGAUACGCAAACUCGAACGAUGGGUGAAGGAAGUGUAUGAAAACGAACCGAGUUUGAAGAUAUUUGGGAGCUGUUUUGGUCAUCAGCUAGUAUGUCAAGCUUUGCUGAAAGACUAUGGCGUCAAGGUAGAGAAAGAUCCAAAAGGCUGGGAGCUAGGAGUUAAGGAGAUCACACUACAUCAACAGUUCCGGGGCAGAUUCUUUGGGAACGACAAAGGCGUUGAAGCGGGUGGCUUGGAGAAAAUGAGAUUGCAGUUUGUACACCAUGACCACGUAGUUGUGCCAGAUAUGGAGGCCCUGCCACAGUCCUGGAUGACGGUGGGAAAUACUCAGCAUUGCGCGGUACAGGGAGUAUACGAACCAGGUCGUGUCCUUACAUUUCAAGGCCACUUCGAGUUUGAUCGUUUCAUCAAUAGUGAGACGGUCAAAUAUUUCUUCCCGGGCUGGCAACCAAAAGUCUUGGAAGAGACACUUGAUGAUAUUGAUGCAGACGACGAUUCUGUGAUGGCAGCUAGUAUGGUCCUCAAGUUCUUCCUUGAGGGCAGCAUUAGGAAGGAUGGUCAAUCACAUACUGUUAACGGGGGCUUGCUUACACCACCAUCUCGAGAGUAAACAUGUAGAUAGUAAACGUUUCGAUGUGUAUCAACUACAUGUCUAACGGUUGAAGUUCCUAGUCGGCCCCCUCAAUCAACGCACCUAGUCUUUUGACACCUUCAACGAUCUCC